CAUCGGAGCUUUCUGUUGCAAAGCUCAGUUAUUGGCCGACUGUCGCGUUGAAAGCACGCCGCGCCGAGCUUCCAUCGAGCGCGUAUCACGAACAUAAUAUUUUGCGUAAAUAACUGAAAUGCAAUGUGCUUCGAAAGAAAAUAGUGAUAAAACAUUCGCUCAAAGAUGAAGGCGUGGUCGGCGCACGAGCCGGACACGGCGCUGUCGUGCUGCCGCACGCUGCACGUCAAACACGCCGCCUACGCCAGCGCGCUAUAUACUCUGAAUAUAUCAAUACUAGUAGUACUACUGUAUAGCUGGAGGAUCGGCGUCAAUGCGAAGAGAUUUAAAGAGCUAGACGAUGUUUAUUAUGGUGUACAGAUAGCAUACUUCGCUAUAAUAGGGACGCAAAUGUUCAUGAUUGUACUCAGCAUCUUCCUCUUCUAUGGAAUAUAUAAAGAGAAUGUGGCGUUUCUGGUACCGUGGGUAGUGGGCUGUAUGACGUGCAUGGCGCUGGAGGCGAUGGCCAUGGUAUACUCAAACAUACUGAGGGAUCACGUCAAUAAGGAAUUUGACGCGAUGUGCAAAGCGGAAAUAUCAUUUUUAAUACCAAGGAUAAUUAUGAAUUGUUUAUGUAUAUACUGCGUGCUGCGGCUCUACCACCUACUCCGGGCGGGUGUCACAUGGAAGGGCUCAGCUGCUAUCGAGCUGUGACUAAUGGAAAAGGAACCUGGAGGCCCCAAGCUACCUUGCGAGACGAGCCUGCUGCUGGGCGGCGCUGAAAGCGACACCGACGCGAGCCUCCAUUCCCUAUGACGUACUAAGAACUUUUCUGUAGUGAAUUUUGCCUCUAUGUCUUAAGAGUUCGUUUAUUUUGGGCUCCCACGCAAAACUGCGAAUUCGCAUCGCAUCGCAACGAAAUGUCAUUUUAGUAUGAGUUUUGCAAUGUCAUUUUAGUAGAUAUCUGCGAUGCGAUGCUAAUUCUCAGUUAUGUGUGGGAGUCCGGAGCCCUUAUAGUGAAUCUUACUUGCGUACUUGCGAUCUAUGAAAAAAUUUAUCUACGUUGUAAAGCUCAGUUCUUUGCAACAUGCAAUGUCCUUCCUUGUUCGGUCCAGUCAGUUUUCUAUACCAGCGUCAAAUGCGUUCUCAUCAGUUUUUAUUGAAUUUCAAAAGCCAGUUAAUUGACGUUCGUUUCACAUAAAGGUGCGUCCACAUUUGUAUCAUUUGCGCGAUCAGAUCUCCGAUCAGAUCUCCGUCGCGAUCAUCGCGCCGUAUCAAGUAUGCGUAUCAUAGUGUGGACGGCUAUUAGAUCAUUCUGCCGAUCACGCGUGUAUAUGAUACGACACGUAUCAGAUACGCGGUUAAUAGCGAUCGGGGCGUAUCAUGAUACGCGUAUCAUUUUGAUACGCUUCGAUGAUACGCGACGGAGAUCUGAUCGCGCAAAUGAUACAAAUAUGGACGAAGCCUUACAUACUUUCUCUUAAAAAU